AGCAAGUGAUAAUCGGACCUGUGAAACAAUUCAAUCGAGAUUCAGAUGUGGACACGGUGGGGUUAAAAACGGACGUGCUGAAUCCUCGUCACGAGCGGAAAGCGUUGCGAUCGCCGUGUGAAAAUGCGUGCGAGGAGGACAGCGGAGUACCACGAGGAACCUUGGGCACCGAAAGAGGAGAAGGAGCCACGAGGUCAACGACCGGACGCCGCGUUCGAUCUGCGGCCUCCAACUGUGCCACGCGGAGGAGACAUCACUGAAGAUCUUCGUACUGAGCGGCAGGAGCCAGAGCCCCCUCACAUUAAAGAGGAAGUGGAGGACGAAGAGGUCCACCACAUCAAAGAGGAAGACGAUCCCAUUUUGAUUAAAAAAGAGGAAGAGGAAGCAUGUCCCCACAUCAAAAAGGAAGAGGAGAUCACCACCAAGACUGGUGUCCCUUUGAAGAGCGAAGCUGAAGGUCAAAGUGAGAAGAGCAGAGGGGCGGAGCCUCCAACCACCAGCUCAAGUCAACACAUGACAACAGAAGGGGAUGGAGACCACUGUGGAGGAUCACAAGCAUUGUCAGAUAGGGACGAGAUGACGGCACAUCAUCCUCACACUGAUGAUGAUAAACAGUCUGAACGUUAUAUGACAUAUAACACUGAAAACAAACGAUGGAAAUGUUCUCAGUGUGGGAAAUUAUUUGCCAAUAAGAGCAUUUUGAAACAACACGUGAGAACACACACUGGAGAACAACCUUUUUCCUGCUCAGUUUGUGGUCAACGAUUCACUCAGAAGGGAAACUUGAAUAUACAUGCAAGAAAGCACACUGGCGAGAAACCUUUUUCCUGCUCCGUUUGUGGUCAAAGAUUCACUCAGAAGGGAAACUUAGAAAAACACACAAGAACCCACACUGGUGAGAAACCUUUUUCCUGCUCCGUUUGUGGUCAAAGAUUCUCUGUGAAGGGAUAUUUACAAAGUCACACGAGAACCCACACCGGCGAGAAACCUUUUUCCUGCUCAGUUUGCGGUCAAAGAUUCUCUGUGAAGGUCAAAUUAAAAAUACACACUCGAACCCACACUGGUGAGAAACCUUUUUCCUGCUUAGUUUGCGGUCAAAGAUUCACUCAGAAGGGAAACUUAAAAAAACACAUAAGAACCCACACGGGUGAGAAACCUUUUUCCUGCACAGUUUGUGGCCAAAGAUUAUCUGAAAAGGAAAGUUUAAAAAUACACACAAGAACGCACACUGGUGAGAAACCUUUUUCCUGCUCAGUUUGUGGCCAAAGAUUCUCUUACAAGUAUCAGGUUCAGACACACAAGUGUGCCGGUGAGAAGAGCAGUGAUCAAGAUGCUUUGAAUGAAAAUGUAAAUGUUUCAUCUCAAAAGUAAUUACAAUGUUACUGACUUACACAAAUCUACACGAUUGCAUUCUGUGUAUCAGCUUUUAUUGUAUCUAUCUUCUUGUUGUCCUCCUAUUUUCUAAAAGCGCCGCGAGUGUUGAGAAUGAACAUUGGUGCCAAAAUACUUGAAAGGGACUCGUUAAAGGUGAGCACAUGGGCACUUAUUCCAUAGUGCUGGACUCCAAAAUGUCGACAGAAAAAAAGUCCUCCAAAAUACUCUGCCAUUUUAGAAUUGUUUACUGAUGAAAUAAGGAUUUUCAGUCAGAUUUUGUCCCGCCCACAUUUUGGACAGACUUGACACGUAACGAGCAGUAGCCGAUUACAUUUCCUCAUUGAGCUUCUCUGUUUCCAUGGUGUAUUUUUUGCUCAUAUGAAAAGUCUGGAUGUAGUUUUUCUUUUUUUUUUUUUUUUUAAUUACACAAUAAUGAUUGAAAAUAGUGAUUCUUCUCUCGCUCUCAUACAGUGCAGAAGCUUUUUUGCUCGCUCUGCUUGGUUCGCUUCUGUUUACAUUUUUUCUUGCUGAUAAGCUUGUUUUUCUUCCAAAAAAUGUUUGAAUCAGCGACUCCUGGAUCUUUUUAAACCUGCUGGACUGUACUUUUUUUGUAGCUAGUCAGUUGUUGCUAUAUUCCAAUAUUUUGUGAUACCCUCUGACCCUUACGUGAGCGUGGCCUGCUAAUUAGCACAAGCCUGCUAUUAGCAACAAGACCAGCAAUCAAGAUGCCUCCCCUUUCCACUGAGGACUAUCACAGACUGCUGCAGAGGAUGUCAAUCCAGGAAACGAAAAUCCACCCUGUUGAAGUGUAUGUUGAUGUAAAUGGACAGUCGGGGAAUGAAACCACUCUACCAAUGUCUCAAAAUGGUGAGCAAAAGUGUGCUAAGAGACAGCCACUGAGCUCAACAAAGAGGACGGAUGUGGACUGUGGAAACGGCAGUGGACCAUCCAGCAGUUCUCCCCUGGAAGUUACUGGGAGCAAAGCAACAUCUAAAAGGGAGGACACAACACCGGCAGAUUCCAGAAGAAUCCAGCUGGCCUGCGUUGCGGGCUGCUUCAACGCCGAGUGAGCGGCCGUGGACGGUCGCGACAGUGAAGGGCGAGAAAAAAGGCUUACAAAUAGAUAUGAGGCCCGAUUACAAGACCCUGGCCAAGAAUGCUCAUCCCCCACCGCCCCUGAAAGGUGUGAAACUAAAUCAUACAAGAACAAAAUGGCACCCCAAACAUUAAUAGUUGGUGAUGGAGCUGUCAAGGAUGUGGAAUGUGCUUGCAGUGAGAACACCACCAAAGUACUGUGUUUCACCAACGACAUGGUGUCUGAUAUCUCCAAAAUAAAAUAAAAAAGAAUCCUGGAGAGCACUAAUCAGCACUGUAUGCCGUUUUAAUUGUAUUUUUAUUUGAUUUUUUCCUCCUUGUUUUAAAUGUUUA